CUUUAAACAAUUGAGGCUUUGGCUCGUUCGUCUUGUAAAAUAUUUGUCCAUUAGAUUAGUAAUAGGAUAAGGACAUACAAUACCAUAAUGUAUAAUUCUUUUAAGUGCCAAAGACAAAAAUAUUAACAUUAAUUUUUAUAAUUUAACAAAUUUUAUUUUUAAGGAUCCAUUUAACACCAGAAAUUGUUAGGAUUUCAUAGGUGGGUUUCGAAACCAGUUAUUAUCACAUCUGCAAUUUCCAUAACUUAUUUUAUAUUAGUUUUAGAAUUGUUUGGAGGUUAUGUAUCUUUUUCGAUAAAUAAUAAAUAAUUAGACUGUAAAAACAAAAAACUACUAUAAAACAGUUACGCACAUAAAAGUAGCUGUUUUGCUAAAAACCAGAGGACUUUGGAAUUAUUAAUUAUUCUAAUAAUAAAAAACUGCAUUGUAAUAAUAAAUUGGUGAUUAAUGAUUCAGCACUGUUGUGAACUCUGAGAUAAAUUUCAAAGUGGUGUUUACGCUUGUGUCGGGUGGCAUCCAAGAUUGGAAAUGUCUUCAAGGGAAAUAAUCCUCACCCUUAAGGACGGAGUCCGGGUGAUCCGCAUCAACCGGCCCAAAACAAAAAACGCAUUUGACUCAAACGUCUACACAACAAUCACCAACACAUUAACUGAAGACGCCCAAAACGACAACGUGGUGGUGACCAUCAUCACGGGCACAGGGGAAUAUUACAGCAGCGGUUUCGACAUUAAAAGCGCCAUGAGCAAGUUCGGGGGCGGCGAUACCAGAGGGGUAGACGAGCUGAAAGCCAUGAUUAACGCCUUCAUCAUUUACCCCAAACUGUUAAUCGCUCUAGUCAAUGGUCCUGCAAUUGGCAUUGCAGUCACAACUGCAGCCUUGUGCGAUAUCGUGUACGCGUCCGAAAGGGCAACUUUUGAGACACCCUUCCUUCGGAUAGGACUGUGUGCCGAGGGAUGCUCAAGCUACAACUUCCCGAAUAUCUUGGGUCGGAGCAAGGCCUCGGAGAUGCUCUUUCUGGGGAAGAAAAUGACGGCGCAGGAAGCGUAUCAGUUUGGAUUUGUUGCUGAAGUCAUUCCGCAUGAACAACUGGACCAGUUUGCACACAAACUGAUGACGCUUGGGAAGGAAUUAUCAGUGAAUGGAGUCAAAAUCACCAAAAAGUUGAUUCUUAAUAAUUACAGAAACGUGCUGUGUGAAUGUAACGAAAGGGAGUUGGAUCAGUUGGUUGAAUGUUUUGGCUCGGAGGAGUUUUCCGAGGGCAUUAUGAAAUUUAUGUCUCGGAAAAGUAAAUUGUAGUUUUUACACAUAACUUGUUAAUAAAACUGUUGGGGAUAAAAGAAAUAAAUUUGUUUAACAUGGAAAAAAACUAGACAAUGAACUAUUAAAAAUAAUUUACUAACAAAACUUAACUAGAACCGUCACAUUUUUACAUAUUUAUUUCAUAUUACACCAAAAUAUUUUCAUAAAAUCUUACAAAUACCAAGGACAUUUUAAAACCUCUUAUCACCAAUUCCUUCACAUUUUAAGUGAAAACAAAAUCAGACUCAACGUUGACGUCCCAAGGUGGUUGAAACAUCUCAGCCGGUAGAUUAGUGCAAUGUGUGGCUUUGAAAUCUUUCAUGUAUUUCCUUGCC